AUAAAUAGAUGAAAUAAAUCCAUUUAAUACGAUAACAAUUUCAUUAUAAUCUCUGAAAUACCCAGUUAUCGAUUAAGAGAUAGAUAAAUCUUUAUCUAAACAUUGAUAAUGAACGAAACGAGAAGAUUCAGAUUUUAAUUUAUCAGUUUCGCGGACAUUCCUACGUGGUUUCAACAUAUUUAAUUUAUGUUAAAAAGUAACGUAGUGCAAUAAAUAUGAGUGUGAGCCCUUUACUACGUCCCUUGGGUAUCGUAGCUGCGAUUUUAGGAACGUUACAAGGAUUAACAUGGACCGUUUUGUCACUUUUGGUGAUUUUAUUAUCCUCGCAAGCUUGGAAACCGGAGUUAAGCAAUUUUUACAAUUUUAAUUUGAUUGCUUAUGCACUAUUUUUUCUAGAACGAGAUUCAAAUGGUUCAAGUGAAUCAGAUCUGAUUUUUACUGGGACCACAGUUCUUGUUUUUGGAUGUCUUUAUUUGGUUAUUUCGUUUAUAUGGGCCGUAUCCUCGAUGACAUUAACAUGGAUAUUUAUGCGAGAAAAAUAUGAGAACGCCAGAAUAAGUUGUAAAUCAUGGAGUGUUAUAACUAUAAUCACGACAAUUUUGGAUUUUAUUUUGAUUAUUAUUCUAGCUAUUGAUUUAGAAAAAUAUUCGUUAAAAGAGGAAGAUGAUUACACGGUUGCUUCAAUGAAAUAUGUUUAUGGUACAGUUGUAGGAAUUGCAAUGACAAUAGCUGCACGUGGCUUUGUUCUUUUAAUAAUCAACCCUAUUUUAGCGAUAUAUUUAUUGAAAUACUCAAAAGAAGUUUCACCAUCACCAUAUUUUAACGUUGAGCAUAAAAUUAAAUCUCUAGUAAAGGGAGACCACGAAAUGUGGCCCAACGAUUAUAAUGAUAUUUUUUGGUGUAAUAAUCGAUACCUAUCUUGGCGUUUACGCCAUAGGUCAUCCCAAAAAUUAAAAAUCCUAAAAAAGGUAAAAUCUUCCCGAUUAAGAUUUUACAUGUGUAGUAUUUUGAUUACAACAAGAAAACCCUCAACCGAUUUCGAAGAACAAUAUCUUAUUCGAAAGCUUAAUCCUUGGCCAAUACGAAAGUGGAAAUGCCCGGUUCGAAAUCUCUGUCGAAUUCCGCUAAAACACUAA